CAUCCUAAACUUUCUCCUAGUACUCUCGUAUCUAACAGUUUUAGCUCCUGCAGUCGUGGUUGUAAUCUUGGUCGCCAUUUUUUUAACCUAUGUAAGUAGUAGGACAUCAACUUAACUCUUGCCUGCAUUAAACUCAACGACUCCUAUAGCUCCUCAUAUUAUGUAUAAUCCGACCUCAAUAUCGCCAUCGUCAUCGCAGAAACUCUUUGUCUUCCGCAAAUGAUUCCAUACCGAGAGACCUUGCUUCUUCAAGCGCACACCCCAUGAUCCGACGCCGAUCCAUCGACCCAGACCUACUCAACGAAUUUGCCAUACAAACGUUUCACUCUGAAAACAAAAAGUCCCACCUCAAACCGCCCUCCGUUCAUAAUCAUAACGAUAAAGACUGCUGUGUUGUCGAAAUAUGCCCUAGCUUAACCUAUCCUGAAAUAGCCCAUGUAUCGGCCCGGGCCAAUCCCAUACUGGGAGACACUAUCUCAGAAGCACCACCUGAAAAUCAAGAGAUAAAAGCUGAAAAACCCUUUGACACUCGUUCGAUGGCAUCCAGUAUCGAUCUUUGCCCAAUUUGCCUCGAUCAAUACGAGGACGGUGACUCUAAAAUUAGAGUCUUACCCUGCACCCAUUAUUUCCACCAAGAAUGUAUAGACAGCUGGCUUUUGCGAGAAAAUACUACGACCAACUGCCCCUGUUGCAAUUUUGAUUUGUCCACUAUUCCUCGAGCAGAGAAUAGACCAUCCCCAGAUACCUCACGUCGAUUCUUCUGGUGGAUUUGUUCGAGUUCGUAGGAAUAACGCCUGUGCGGUGGUGUAAAUCUACUUUGUUAAUAUGCUGAUGUUACUUUUUUGCCAGUAUCGUUUAAUGUAUUAUAUACAUCAUUUUUGUCAAUAAUAAAAAUUACGUCGGCGCCUUCAACACUGUCUUGCUGCAAACAGUGAAAUGGCUGCAAGAUCUUGUUACUGAUUACAACUCCACAAGCAA